AUGGGGACAUUGGCCCAGACAAUGGACGAGGAGGUUGUCGCUACAUUGAAGAUGCUCUUAAUCGGUGAGAGCGGAGUGGGCAAGUCGAGCCUUCUACUGAGGUUCACAGAUGGCACAUUUGACUCUGAAAUUGGCUCAACUAUUGGGGUUGACUUCAAAGUGAAAGCGAUGAAAAUUGAAGCAAACAAUGUAAAGCUUGCAAUCUGGGACACAGCUGGACAAGAGCGAUUUCGGACAUUAACGCCCAGCUACUACAGAGGGGCUCAAGGUGUUAUUUUAGUGUAUGAUGUCACAAGAAGAGAAACCUUUGCCAGGCUUGAGAACUGGUUGAAUGAAUUGGAUACCUACAGCACAAAACACGGCGUUGUAAAGAUGCUGGUUGGGAAUAAAAUUGACAAGCAAAAUCAUGAAGUUGACCGAAAUGAAGGACUGAGAUUUGCCAGAAAGCAUUCAAUGCUUUUUAUCGAGGCCAGUGCUAAAACCUGUGAUGGAGUCGAGUGUGCGUUUGAGGAAGUGGUAGAAAAAAUUAUCCAAACGCCCGGACUCUGGCAAGCCGAGAAUCUGAAAGGGGUGAUAUUAUCCGACGCUGCGACGAGUCCAGGUGGAGCAUGCAGUGGCUACUGUUCCCUAUUAUAAAUGGAUGUGAAAUACUCCACCUCUUAAUGCUGUCAUUGUCAACAGUAUUGUAAGAAUGAUUUCAGCUCUUCCUGUAAAUACAGAAAGCUACCGUCAGCUUGGAUCUGGAACACUAAGGAUAUGGGAGACGUGUACUCUGCCUCAAUGAAUCCAGUCAUAUUCCAGUUGUAAUCUCCCUCUGGGAGACUUUCACAUUGUCUUGCCUUAACUUAGACCUCUGCCCUUUUAACUAAUUUUGAAGCUAUCAGGUUUGUUUCGACCUGCAAACGAUGUAAAAAAUGGAAGGCAGUGGUACAGUUUAAUUGUCUCAAAAGUUGCGGGAAUCAAUGUCAAUAGUGAAUAACGCCGCAAUUUAAUACAUUUCCAUUACUUUUUCACGCAUGUUGCUUCAUUUAUGUACUUCCAUCUGUCUGCUGCCACUCUGAGCCUGAUGUCGGGAGGCUCUGAGAUGUCUGAUCUGAUGUUUUUCCUGUUCUAUGAUGUGGAGGGAUAAAUUAAGGUGUUGAUAAGUAAAGGGCUUCUGAUUCGAUCAAACGAUGAUUCAAAUCUAAUCUUGGGACCUCGACAAUUUGAUAGAUCUUUCUACCUACCCACUUAAACAUUGCAAGAGUACCUGGUUUUAGUUGUAGCCUUUUGUAACAGCAUCCUUUGGUGCCAUAAAUAUGAAACUAAUGCAGAAUAUUUCAUUGUAUAAUCACUUGUAUCAAGGCUAUUUAAUAAUUAUCAUAGAAUAUUGCUUGAAUAUUAUGGUGUUGAAGAUUUAACUUAUGUGGAUGAAAUGGUAUAUGUUGUGAUUUUUACUUUGUGCAGGGUCUUACUGAUUUCUGCAUUGGUUUGUUUGCAGUAUUAAUCAGAAUUGAAAGCACAUUCAUAGGUAGAGGCGGUGAAAGUAGCAGGACUUGUGAUGCCAUCUUGAUCAUGGAUGGUUCAGAAACACUAUUUUCAAAACUUUUCAAGACUAUAUUCAUUUGUGUUUUAAACCAUUUGCACAAUUUAUAAAUGAAGCGUAAUCUAUUUAUUAUCACGUUUUUCCAAAUGAUCCACCACUUGUUUAGAUCUGUGAGAUAAGUAUUUACAAGCUCUUUUCUAGGAUGGGAAAUGUGGAUAAAUUGUUCAAUGAACCUUUCCAAAUGUAAUUGUUGGAGUGAAUAAAUAGCUGCUUAAUACAUCUUUACUUUUAAAA